AUACAGUUUUGUUGGAAGUUUCGCUGCGUGCACACUGGUUGGUGCGAACGAACACAAAGUUUUGCAAAGCGAAGUUUGGCUAGUCUCCUCACACACACACCCGGGUGUUCAAAUUCGUAGUGCAAGAAGACGCAGACAGAUAAACGGAAAGUGCCGGAGGACAACAGCAAACGGAACGACAGAAAAGGACGAAUUUGUGAACGAAUUUAACUGCUCCAGUGUUUCACGGAGUGUGUUGGUGCGGUUUGUGACACGGCGUGGUGGUUGUUCUGUGUGCAUUUUGCAAAGCAAGCCCUGGUGGUGUGGCAGUAAAACAGUACCCAGAAGCGGAACUUGUCAGUCAGUGAAAAUGAAGUAUAGCAUAGUGUUCGUGGUUGCACUCUUCGGAGCCGCUGUCGCUCAGGAGAGCUUCAAGUGUCCGGACGAUUUCGGCUUCUACCCGCAUCACAGCUCCUGCGACAAGUACUGGAAGUGUGACAACAAUGUGGCCGAGCUGAAGACCUGCGGCAACGGUCUCGCCUUCGACGCGACAGACUCCAAAUACCUGACCGAGAACUGUGACUACCUGCACAACGUCGACUGCGGCGACCGCACCCAGCUAGAACCACCGAUCUCCACUCCCCACUGCGAGCGUCUGUACGGUAUCUUUGCGGAUGCGGCCAAGUGCGAUGUGUUCUGGAACUGCUGGAACGGUGAGGCCUCGCGCUACCAGUGCUCGCCCGGACUGGCCUACGAUCGUGAGGCGCGCGUCUGCAUGUGGGCCGACCAGGUGCCGGAAUGCAAGAACGAAGAAGUAGCGAAUGGAUUCGCCUGCCCGGCCGCCGGUGAGAUCUCCAAUGCUGGAUCCUUCUCGCGACAUGCACACCCGGAGGACUGCCGCAAGUACUACAUCUGUCUGGAGGGAGUCGCCCGCGAGUACGGCUGCCCGAUCGGAACCGUCUUCAAGAUCGGCGAUGCUGACGGCACUGGCAACUGCGAAGAUCCCGAGGACGUUCCCGGAUGCGAAGAUUACUACGGUGAUUUGGACUUGAAAAGCAUCCGCAAGAGCGAACUCCUUGCCGGUCUAGCCCUCCAGUCCGGUGGUGCGCCCGCUGCCACCAAAGCUAACGUUAAGUCGAACCGUCCGGCUCCCAAGGACAGCAACUAAAGAAAAGGGGACAGUAAAGACAGUGCAUAAAACCGGGGGGGGGGGGGACUUAACGAGUAGUGGGGUUUUUAGGGAAGCAGACAGGAAGAGAAUAGAGAAAAGAUGCAGAACGUGAGAGCAGCAAAUGAAGAAUGUAACUGAAACAACAGGGUUAACUGUAAGGAGAAUUCCAAUGAGCACAUUACACAGAACAGUGGGUGCAGGGCUGUAGAUCAGGGAACGGAAAUGACGAGAUAAAGGGUGAAUAGACGGAUAGCGUUGAUGAACGGAAGAAUAAUGGCCACGCAUAUCGCAUGACGCUGCGCCAACGGAAAGGAAAUUCACUACAUUUGGCACUGAUUGCAUUGUGUUUUAAGGAAGCACUCUUCCAUGUAGAGUAGGAUGGAGUCAAUUUACUACAUGACAGUUUGUAAAGCUUAAAACCAAGUCUUAAAAUUUGAUCAGGCACGGACCAUACAGCCUACCAACUACAAACUAGCGCCCAAUCACAGCCCAACUCAGCAGGAUUACGUUGAGUUUUGCUCGUGAUCAGUCGGUGCGCUGUGAAGAAAUUGAACGCAGUUUCUAUUGGGAUCAUAUUUUGGAUAUCUUUUUUUGUAUAGAUUACAAACGUCUUUUUUACAUCUGACUUUUCGUUGCCAUUAGCAUAAGAAAAAUUCUUUGUCCUUGCUUGCAACGGUCUAGACAAUGUGCCGUUGUUGUGUCUUUGUUUUCCCGGCAUCGUACUUUGAACGGAUCGUUUUCGAUUCGAAUUGCUCGUAGUGGCUCGUCCGUGUGUUUGUUGCACACGAUGCAGUUUGCUGUUUCCACGCCCUGACCUUUAACCUCUGAGUUUGACUGUAGUUGAGGAAAAGUGAACGAAAAUGAAUGAAUGAGGGAGACCGAGGGAAGCGCCUUAGUUUAGAGCCUAGAACAACACAAAACAAACAGAAAAUGAAACAAUAAUAAAAAAAAUCUUUAAAAACCACUUUAAAACAAAACACCGCCAUUCAUCCUUCUUUCUCAUUAUCGGUUGAUCACUUCUUCCCUUCUCACGAUUUCACCGCCCUUCGGUUCAACUUUCUGGUGCGUUGAUUGCUCGGUAUUAUGGGUGUGUGUUGUUGUUCAUCUAAUAAUUCGUUUCUUUAGUUUCUUAAUGUUUGGUUUUGGGUUAUCGCCCACAGACUGGAUCGAUUGUUUCUUUCUGUUUUUUUUUUCGCUAACAUUCUGAUUACUAACGGGUAAGCCAUCUUCACGUCACGCCACUGUGACAAGCGUGUGUUCUAAUGUUUCCUUCAAUCUCUGUCCUGUCACUCCUGACACUUCAUUCGAUGACAUCAUACGAUUGAGUUUUCACAUUCAUGGUUCUAUUAACGUUGGUUGAGUAUAUUUGAUUGAUUUUUUUCUUUUUUGGAAUAAUUUAGCGGGUGGUGCAAAAUUGCUGUACUAGUCAUAAAUAAGCCCAAUUAUGUUAACAUUUUUCCUUCACUUCUUCCAGCGAGGACUAUUAUGGUGACCAGGACAUCAAGGCGCUCCA